AGCAAACACAGAGAGAAGUUCACAGAGCUUCAGAAACUCAUCGUGUGGUCUGAGACGCAGAACCUCAGAAGAACUUCAGUCCUACAGGCUCUUCUCCUGAGCGGUUAUUGACUCACAGCUCUAAAGGCAAUUGAGAUUUUGCUCAUUAUGGGAGUCCACGGUCUUCACGGCUAUAUUAAGAGCAACACUGAGUUCCUGAAGACACGCUGCUUCAGAGAAAGCAAACUCAUCAUCGAUGGAUCCAGUUUGUUCCUCUUUCUUUACCACGGGUCUCACAUGGAUCAAGCACAUGGUGGAGAUUAUGCCGAGUUUGAGAAAACGAUUAAGCAGUUUUUCAAAAAUCUCAGUAUCUGUAAUAUCGAGCCAUACGUGCUGCUCAAUGGAGGGGACGACCUCAGGGGGAAAAAACUUGAAAGAAAGAAGACAAACCGCCAAAAAGUUAUCAUCAAAGCUGACAGGUUGUCUAAGGGGUGUUCAGAAGAAGUUUUACCCAUUCUCCUCAAAAAUGUGUUCAAGCAGGUCCUCCGGAAACUCGGAGUUCCCUUUAUACAGUGUCUGGCAGAGGCAACUUGUGAAGCGGCCGCUUUGGCGAGUGAGUGGAAGUGUCCAGUUCUGUCCAACAACAGCGACUUCUACAUCUUCAUUAUCAAAAGUGGAUUUUUGCCCCUUAGUCAUUUCCAGUGGAGGAAAUUGAGUCUGCUGAGGGGCAAAACCAAAAUGUUCAUUCCUACAAAGUCAUACCAUGUUCUAAAUCUCUGCAGCGCUUUUAACCGCAUGAAUAAAUAUCAUCUUCCACUUUUUGCCAUCAUCUUAGGCACCAGCCACACCAAACUGGACAAGAGUGAACUUCCAAACUUUGCAAAGUUCUCAACUAGACCUGGAGGAACCGCCCAGAUCGAUGGUUUGCUCAUGUGGUUAUCACGUUUUCCCAGCCCAAAAGAAGCCAUCCCUGCUCUCCUCAGCCCUCUGGGGAAGAACCGGAAAUCAGCCACUAUUCGAUCAGCAAUAUAUCAGGGAAUGGCAGAGUACAGACUCAAUCCCAGCUCCAUAGCCCAGUUCUUUAUAAGUGGAGAACCUCAGGGAAGAACUCCAGGCCCUUUAGAGAACCUGCCCGACUGGAGUCUGAAACCUCUGGCAGAAGGAAAGCUGGCAUCCACUGUCAUUGAUGUCCUGACACUGCAGAGGGUCAUGUUGAACUUCCAGGUGGAGGAUUUUGGGCUGAGCAGCAGCAACGAGACGUCUCGACCGAUACGACAGGUGAUGUACGGGGUCCUGCUGUGUACCAGGUGGCAGAAAGUCGGUAAACGUAGCAGGUCUUCUGGAGAGGAACCGGAACACAGUGUGGAGGAGUUCGACAGGACGGGAACGAUGCUGACCAGCUCCAUGGUUCCAGCAGUUUUACCACAAUGUGUAGCAACAAACCUUCACCUGGACUCACUGUGGGAGACACCAGAAAGUUUACGUCUGCAGAUCCUGCUGGAUGCACUCGGUGUAUCUCCAUUGUUUAAUUUGCACCUCAUCCCAGCAAAUCUGCAGCUUGCCUCGUACGUCACAGGUUUCUGGCUAAAGCAUGCAGAACCCGAGCCGAAAGCUGAAAUAUUCUGGGCUUUACUUGUCGGCCUGGUCUACGGACACCUGUGCAGAGACCAUCCGACUGCCAUAGAGGCAGGAUUGGUGAUUUCCAGGAUGAAAGUCCUGCAGGAUUUAAAAGGUCAGGUGAUGUUGGACCUGGAGCUGGCUCACAAUUACAGUCAGUGGCAGUCGUGUCUGAAGUACAGCUUUGCUCUUAACCAGCUCCUGAACCAUCCGGUACCAGAGCCGGAGUUAUCCUGGUUGUACAGCGGCCCUUUGGUACACACUGUCGCGGAUGAGCUGAUGAGAGGCGCCGAACCCGAGUCUCUUCUCACCGGAGCCUCUGUGGCUGUGGAUCUCUACAGGAACCUGCAGGCGGCGGUGGAGCGCGAGCUGGAUGACGCCUUCAUCAUGAGGAUGAGGACGAGGGCGGGACCAGGGCCGAGGGGACACAGGAACCGGAACGAUCCGGCAGAUGAAUUAAACACAGUGUUUAAACACCUGGUAGCUGACGAUGAAGAGGAUGAUGACGGAGACAAGAUCUACGAAGAAACCUGCAGCGUUCGCACCAGACACGUGAGCCGAGCUCACAUCCAAGAUCCCCGAGCCAAGAAGUACGAGCGAGUGAAGUGGUGUUAGAUACCGAGACUGGAGCACGGGACACGGCACCAGGAACAAACACCACUCUGUUUUAUUAUAUUCAUUUUGCCUUUUGCUUUUCUUUAAAGAUUAAACGCAUGAAUUAUUCACUUUUAUUUAAUACAGAAUGAUUUAGGAAUAUAUAUAUAUAUAUAUAUAUAUAUAAAUAACUAAUAUAAUAAUAUAAUCUAAAUGUUAUAGAAAUAAUGCCAAAUCAUAUCUAAUCAGGAUUAUAGGCAGAAUGAAUCUCUUUUUAUUUUAUGUAUAAAGUGUUCAAAUAAACAAAAAUGAAACAAACCCCAGAUAUGUAUUAUUGAUAAAUAUGAUUGUGUUAUUGUUGGUGCUUGUUUUUGACACAGUAUCGGAACAGAUAACUAAAUUCUGAAUAAUUGUUAGUAAAGAUGAUAAAUGAUCAGGUUUCUGUGUGUUACUGAUGUGUUACUGAUGUAUUGUGUGUUACUGAUGUGUUACUGAUGUAUUGUGUGUUACUGAUGUAUUAAUAAAUUAAUUUUUGGUUGGAUUAUUUUUUUACAGUGUUAUAAUUAAAGACACGUCCUAUGAGCAGAAAUAGUGUUAAAUGAGAGUUUUAGUGUUUUAUCUAUAAAUGUGUAAAAGUGUCGAAGUAUUUUUUUACUUGCAAUUAUAUAACUGUAGAAGGUAGAAGCUAACAGGUAACGAGCGAUGCUAAUUAAUAAA